GCUUCCGCGCCUGUGUUUAGCUCCAGCUCUUACAGCGGCACUGUCAACGAAAACGUACCCACAGGCACCACAGUCAGCGGCGUUACUCUUUCGGCAACUGACAGCGAUGGAGAUAGCAUCACCUACUCUAUAAUCAGUUCAGCAGGGCCGUUUAAACUGAGUGGGGCUGGAACAUCUGUGCUAACUAAUGGACUGGCAAUUGACUUUGAGACACAGGACUCCUAUUCGUUGACGGUUCAAGCUGAGGCUGCAGGUGAUUAUGGAAUAAAUAACGUCAUUUUGAAAUGAUUCGGUUUGAUUUGCUGGCGUAUUUUACUCCAGCCCUUCAUCCCCGAAGUUGCAUACAAGACAAGUCGUUCAUUUAUAUGAAGAAUUCAGAAUACAGUUGUUUUGAUUUCGCAUAUAGCUUACUGAGCUUUAUGGAACAAAAAGCUUGCAUUAUUCCUAACGCCCACAAAAUGUCUUUUUAUUUGGUUUUUCUCUUUCUGUGUAGAUUAUUUUUUUUGUACGUCUUAUUUUUCUCUUCUAAUUUGUAAUUUGAAGAGGCUGCCGUUCGAUUUAACUCACUACUGCGCAGUCGCCGAAAUUCAAAAUCUCCUUUUAUAGACGUGCUUUAUAGAAAAGUUAUAAAAUCAAAAAUAUGUUUUACUUAGUAAAAUGGUUUUUUCCUUGUUUCUUCAAUAAUUAAAAAACAUCUGUGUUGCAGUAUAGUCCCCCUGGAUCUGCUACUAAUCAUUUAAACAAGGCCUUUGUUUUUUUUUUAAGGUGAAACAGCAAAUGCGAGCGUAACUAUCACGGUUGUCAAUGUGAAUGAAGCUCCAAGCUUCACGCUAUCC